AUGAGCGAUUACGGAUACGGCGACAGAGGGAUGAGAGAACAACGGAGACGAAGAGAGGACAGGGAAGAGGAUUUUAACGAUCGAGGAAGAUCCGCCGUGCAACGAUUGGACAGCAUACAGGAUCCUGGAAAACGUUAUCUUCUCAGAGAUUGCAUAGGUUCCGGUGUAUGCGGCGACGUUUACGAGGCGAUCGAUCGACAAGCCGAAAACAAAAGAGUGGCCGUGAAGGUGCAAAAGCUCACUCCCGAAUCGGAAUCAAUGAUCCUCGAGGAGUACAGGAUUCUUCGGGAUUACACGUCUCAUCCGAAUCUGCCGGAUUUCUAUGGUAUAUAUCGCAGAAGAUCCGGAAAGAAGACCGAAUACGAUCAAAUAUGGUUCGUGAUGGAGCUUUGCGACGGUGGAACCGUGAUGGAUCUCGUGCACGGCCUUCUAGCCAUGAACAAGAAAAUGCGCGAGGAACACAUAAGCUUCAUCCUCAAAGAAGUGAUUCAGGCGAUGAUUUAUCUGAACGAGAACAACGUGAUGCACCGUGACAUCCGUGGCAGUAAUAUAUUACUGACCAAAGAGGGGGAGAUAAAGUUGGUCGAUUUUGGGCUGUCGAGAACGUGCCAAUCUGAAAUAGGAAAGAGAUACACUUGCGUAGGAUCGCCGAGUUGGAUGGCGCCGGAAGUGGCCAUAAGCAAAGGGAAUAAUUCCGAGGGAUAUGGAAACAGGGCCGAUGUCUGGGCUAUAGGAAUCACGGCGAUCGAGUUGGCCGAUGGGAAGCCACCGUUUCAAGACAUGCACCCUACCAGAGCGCUCUUCCAAAUAAUACGAAAUCCUCCUCCGACUUUGAACAGACCGUCCAAUUGGUCCCAAAAUUUCAACGAUUUCAUCUCCGAAUGCCUCGAGAAGAAUCCUGAAAAUAGACCGUUCAUGGGGGAAAUAAUCGAACAUCCUUUCUUAGCGGAUUUACCCGAUAACGAUUUUCUGCUAACGAAAGAGAUCAAGAUAUUAAUGAUGGACGCGUGUGAGAAAGGUAAACAGGAAAGAAAAUUGGAAAUAUUAGUUCGAAAGGGUUUCCUCAAGACUCACCAAACCGAUCCUUUGGAGCCUAUGUUCAUGGAAGAUCUGGCCGCGCUCGAAACGCUCACGGAAGACGCGAUCCUGGACGAAUUGCACGAAAGAUUGCGGCAAGGCUAUUACCACAGUUUCAUUGGAGAUAUACUUUUAAUUUUAAAUCCGAACGAGCAACAGGACAUUUAUGGAUCCGAUUUUCACACAAAAUAUCAAUUCAAAUCGCGAUCGGAUAACGCGCCUCAUAUAUAUUCCGUGGCAGAUAGCGCUUAUCAAGACGUGAUGCACAACAACGAGGCUCAACAUAUUCUAUUGGCAGGCGAGAGUAAUUCGGGAAAAACAACUAAUAUGAUGUAUCUGAUUCAACAUCUCAUGUAUUUAGGGAAAAGUUUGCAAGAUAUUGGAGGGAGAUUUAUACGAGCGAUUAAAAUAAUUCAAGCUUUCAGCAAUGCUGCCACACCUUUAAAUCCUAAUUCGACCAGAUGCGUGCUUCAAGUGCAAACCACGUACGGAUCGUCCGGGAAAGCCUCGGGCGGCAUAUUUUGGUUGUAUCAGUUGGAAAAAUGGCGCGUUUCUACACGCGACAGGAAUCAAUCGAAUUUUCACGUGUUGUACUACUUUUACGACGGUAUGGACGCCAUAAAUAAGUUGAAACAAUAUCAUCUACCACCGGGAAGAAGGAUGAGGUAUCUGAGAAUAAGCGAGAAGGGGACCGAAAGGAAGCGAUCGUUCAAAGUUCGAAAUGAUCCGCGCGGAAAUGUGACCAAGUUUGAGGAUUUUAAAGAGAGUCUGAAGAUCUUGGAGAUGGAGGAGCAUUGCGAAAUGAUCUGGAAAGUAUUGGCAGCCAUUUUGAUCCUAGGAGAAAUUCGUUUCAUCGAAGACAAUAACGGAGAGGCUGAUAUGGACAAUAAUGACGCGGCUAACAAAGUCGCUGAACUGCUCAAUUUGGACGAGAAGAAAUUCAGUUGGGCGUUGCUUAAUUAUUGCAUGAUCGUGAAUGGAAACGCAGUACGUAGGAAGCACACUUACGAAGAGGCGAAAGAGGCAAGGGACGUGUUGGCUAAUACGAUAUAUCAACGAUUGGUCGACUGGAUCGUAAACACUAUCAACGUCAAAUUUACGUUGACACGUUCCCUAUUCGGUGAUAAAUACGCGAUUAACGUGAUGGAUCUCUUCGGAUUCGAGUGUUUCGCGGUAAAUCGACUCGAGCAAUUGGUGGUGAACACCAUGAACGAACAGAUGCAGUGUUAUUACAAUCAAAGGGUGUUCGCUUGGGAAAUGCAAGAACAAGAGGAAGAGGCCAUACCUAUGCAGCGUUUACAGUUUUACGAUAACAAAAAUGCGAUAGACAAUCUGAUGGGGAAAGACAGAGGUUUAUUCAGCAUAAUCGAUGAAGCGUCGAAAAACAUGCUCGAUUAUACACACGUGAUAAGCAAAAUUCAAAAUCGAGCAGGCAGCGUUUACAUAAAAGUGGUGAGUUCCCACGAAUUUACCGUCGCUCAUUACACAGGGAAAUUGAUCUACGACGCUAGCGAGAUUGCCGAGAAGAAUCGUGACUUUCUCCCACCGGAAAUGAUUGAAACUUUGAGGCAAUCGGCCAUCGGAACCGUGAAAGAAAUGUUCACGAACAAACUGACCAAGUCUGGGAAUUUGACCAUAAUCGAUGAACAUUCGAAACUUGAGGAGAAGAAGACGAACAAAAGCAAAUGGGGCACGCUUAUGCAGGAAGCAUCGAAACUAAGGAGAUUUAACACCACGUCUCGAGGUCAAUUCUCCCAGAUACGGAAAAUGAGAACGUGCGCGGCUACCUUUAAAUCCACCAGCCUUGAAAUCCUUAAGAACCUUUCGAUAGGAGGCGGAAGCGGUGGUAUGCAUUUCAUCAGAUGCAUAAGAUCAGAUCUCGAAGGGACGCCUCGUGGAUUUUAUCGAGAGGUCGUUAGACAACAGAUCAGAGCGUUGGCGGUUCUUGACACUGCCAAAGCCAGACAAUAUGGUUAUCCCCAUAGAAUAACUUUUCCAGAAUUUCUUCGAAGAUAUCAAUUCUUGGCGUUCGAUUUCGACGAAACCGUAGAAAUAAAUAAAGACAAUUGUCGAUUGCUGUUGAUCAGAUUAAAAUUGGAAGGUUGGAUAAUUGGAAAGACUAAAGUAUUUUUGAAAUAUUACAACGAGGAAUAUCUGUCGCGCUUGUACGAGACACAAGUGAAAAAAAUAAUAAAGGUUCAGUGCAUGAUGAGAGCCUUCUUAGCGCGCAAAAACAUGGCGUCGAAGAUCACGUCGAAUGUAAAAAAAGAAAUUGUGAAGAAAGCGUCUAUAAAGGGAAAGAGUACAGUGGAGCUAACGGAGGAAGAGGCAGCUGUAGUUGUUCAGAAAGUGUACAGGGGACAUUUAGUGAGAGCGGAGAUGAAGCCUCUUUUGACGAAGGAGAAGAUGAGUAUGCAAAUGAUAGAUAUGAUGAAGUUUUACAGCAGCAAAUGGAGAUCGAAGAGCAUAUUUCAAGUUCUUCUACGGUACCGUGCAGCCCGGUAUCAAGACCUCGUGCAAUUUUCGCAACAAGUGCAUUUGUUCAAUCAAGCGAUAGUAGUAUCUCUUGCGACGACGAAUAACGGAAUAUCCAUAGAUAAAGUAAAUACUAAUGUUUCGGCAUCCACGUACUUAGGCCAAAUGAGACCGCCCGAAGUGCACAAGUUACCUUUCAACUUUUAUUCCGAGUUACCUUUUACUUAUCCAAAUAAAGGAAUAAAAAACGUUGGAUACGCGUCGUCAUUGGCAUCUGACGAAGAGCACGAAGCUUGGGACGCGCCAUUACAAAGACAUACAGUGCCUUGGGCCACCAGGAACAGUCGUACCAAAGACGUUGAAGUUCAAACGACGAACUCGCCACAUCGUGUACAUUCGAACACCGAGGGACAAGAUCUGAUCGACACUCCGUUUUCCAGAGAUCCGAAUGUUUCGAUCCGAUGUCCACCCGAUGCGUUGUCCCAAGGCAGAAUGGAUGACUCAGGAUAUCAUUACGCUUCAAGAAGCAUUACUCCCGUACCACCCGCUAACGCUCAUAAUCCUCGCUCAAAUUACGAUAAUGUCGGAUCGAUACGCUCUAGAAAACACGCACCGCCUCCACCUGUACCGUUCAAUCAACCGCAGCCACCCCUCAUACGUAGCACUGACAAUUAUAGCUCGAAUAUUCGAAGUAAAAGCAACGUAGAUACUGCUACCUAUAAUUGGGAAUAUAACGAAAAUAAAAGCAACAAGAGUAGCGGCAAUCCUAAUCGUAUCAAUCCGAUUCAAGAAUUGCAAAUGAUAGGUCGUAGAGAUAACUAUGACGGUAACGAGGACAGCGAUGAACCGCCGUUCAACUUUCAGGCAAUGUUGAGAAAAACGCCUUAUCGAGCAUCGUUGAAGCGUCCCUCCGUCUUCGAGAGUCAUUCUCAUUCACCGUCACCACUGCCAAGUACGGGAUAUCGUGGAAAUCGGGAGAGCGAAUCGAACGUCGUGUAUAAAAGCGGAGGUAGUCGUAGAGAUUCUCUCGAGUGGAGUCCCAACGAAAUGGUCCGAAUGUCUGAGAAAUACGCGAAAGAGGGUGCCUGGGGUGGUGGAGAGGAUCGAUCUGGGAUCGGAGGUAACGCGCCCUCGGAAAGUGUGACCGCGGAGAUCGCACCGGGAAUCGUUAUCGAGGGUUACGUGGCCGAGUUGUAAAAAUUCGAGUCGAAAACCGACCAGAAACCCCUUCCUACGUAUCGAAACCACCACCGCAAAAACUGGACCAAUUGGAAUUGCUGAUUUCGCGAGAAAAAAAGGAAAAAAGAAAAAAAGAAAAAAAGAAAAAAAAAAAUUUGAGAAGCCCGCAAGAUACUUGUAGCUGUCCCGAUGGAAACAAAUGUACGAGUACGUAUGAUUUGAAAAGAUUGAUUGACCCAAUUCACCAAUGUUGCUGACUCAGAGGGAAAUUUUUUUAUAUCCACAAAUAUGUACAUACGUAUAUUUUUUUAAUGCUUUUCUUUGUUUCUCUUUUACGUAGAGACAAGAUGUAUCUACGUUUGUAUAACGUUUCGUCGUGUAAGCUUCUUUUAUAAAUUUUCAUUCUCGCCUCGAGAGGGGAGACGAUGACGUCGGAUUUUUUGUCCAAUGUACAAUGAUUUUCAUCGAGCGAUUCGUUCCUCAGCGUGCCUGUCUUUGCCUUCUUCAACAAUUUUAGCGAUAUUCCUUGCCCAUGUACAAUUGUUGACAGUUAUUUUUAUAUUGGCCAUAUACAGCAUACAGAUAUUCUUGUUAAAUUAUACACAGAUAUUUGCAUUGUUACAUCACAAAUAAUAAUAAUAA